AUUUGAACUUUUCCAGGCUUUUGCAUUGCCAGUUCGUGACAACCAGACCCAGCUGAUGGUACAAUACCAGCUGAAGCCUGCCCACCGCUUGCUGAUGACACCUGAUCGGGCUCGGUUUGCAGUCAUCCACCAACAACAACUGGAGCAGUGUGAAGCGGGGCCAUUGACUGUAUGCUCAGUGAUGACUCCAGUCUACAGCCGACAUCAUCCAUCCUGCCUGAGUGCACUGUUCCUGAACGACCUUGCUGCAGCUCAACAACAGUGUCAGCUGACUGUGCUUGCCGCCGACCCAGCAGACACUUGGGUCUGGAAUGAUCAAGAUGACACCUGGAUUUACAGUGUAGCAUCCCAGCGGCAGGUUGUCUCGCAAUGUCAGCAGGGCAACCAGAUCAUUGUACAUGAGUUGACACUCCAUGGAACUGGACACAUGAAGGCAACACCUGGCUGCACCUUGAGUACGUCCCACUACCAGAUCCUACCAUCAGCUCGUGCCAGAGGGCACCUCAAUCUUCAGAAGCACUUGGCACUCCUUAGUGUGCCUCCUGCUCUCAUGCUGGCUAUCCCAGGCAUGACUAGAGAGCGGAUACUGGAGGGCAUCCACCAUCAUCAGACCGAGGGUCGCCUGCAACCUGGUGAACUUGGGGUAGACGAGGUGUCCAUUGACCAGGGUGGAGCUGGUGGCUCACCUCAGCACUCGCCUUUGGAGCCACCCUUGCUGCUGUCGCUGUGCUGGCUGCAGGGUUGGUCUGGGACCGCCACCGUCACUCAGCCCAGAGCAAGGAUGCUUUGGUAUCAGCAGAGCAGCCCUCUACAAUGGAUGUUGCAGAGGACUCUACACCACCCACCCAGGAUCCUGAGGAGCCGCGGGAAUCCUAGUGCGCCCUUUUUCUAGGGAGGGGGUGAUGUAAUGGAAGCAAUUGAAAUAGUAUUAUUGAAAUUUGUGAAAUUAGAACGUAAUAUUUUAUUUGCUGGCUGCCUAGCAUAGGCUACGGAAAGCUUGCAUUUUUUCAACCGAUGGACGAGGUGAGGAUCUUUCUCAGGGUUGGGAACUGCCUAGCUUGCAUCCCAGCCUGGGAAAGAUAGUUUCCAUCCACUCGUCCCAUCAACAGUUUCCGGCUCUUCUUCCCCCCUGCCGUAGUCUAGUUUUCCACGUGUAGGCCUAGGAAGAGUCGGACCUGAGACAAAAAUUGCAUUCUUUCCGUGCACUCUUCUUUGAACGGUUGAAGCGAACGG